AUGUCCCAGGACAGUCACGGCGGAAGGAAGGCCCCGAGACCACUAGCAGACUGGCAGGACCUCACCUCCAAAUACAUGAGAACGACCCAGCAGAGAAGAAAGACGUGGCUGACGGUGGGCAUCUCCUCGGGCCGAGGGCGGGACCCCAACGGCCUCCUGCACACGCUGGGCAACCUGUUCCGUGCCUCCUCGAAGGUGGAGCAGAAGCACCUCACGGUGCUGGUCCACCUGGCGGACUCGGACCUCACGUGGCUCCGGGAGACCGUCGUUCAGAUCUCAAGCCUCUUCCACCCCCAGAUCCUGGCUGGGCGGCUGGUGCUGAUCCACGCGCCCCCGGACGCCUACUCCGCAGUGGGUCCCAUCGGGGGCCAGGAGGCCCGCUGCGGGGACGCCGCCUCCAAGCGGAACGUGGACCACGCCUUCCUGGUGAGCUUCGCCCCCCAGCUCUCCGACUACUUCCUCCUGCUGAGGGACAACACCUUCUGCGCCCCCAGCUUCCUCACCCACAUUCGGCGGAAGGUGUGGGCCCUGCGCGCCCACCCCUGGGCGCUGUUGGAGUUCUCCAACAGGGGCUCCCUGGGCAAGCUGUUCCGCGGCAGCGACCUGCCCCGGCUGGCCCGCUUCCUCCUGCUCUUCCAUGAGGACCAGCCCCUGGACCGGCUGAUCCCGCGUUUCAGCAUCCUCCUGGCCCAGAGGAGGCCCGCCCUCUUCAGGCCCUUCCUCUUCUACCACCGGGUCCCCUACUACAGCGCCAACCAGGACCACCAGGCCCGGGCCGCCCACAGCCGGGGCCCCCACGGCCCCCACAACCCGCCGGGAGCCGUGUUCACGGACAUGAAGGUCUUCGGUGUCCACUUCCCCUGGGAGGCCUACACCCUGGACGAGUCUUUCUUUUGGACCCACAAUGUCAGCGCCGGGAGCCACCUGACGGUCAUUCUGAACCGCCCCGCGAACCUGAGCCGCGUGCAGGUGCUGACGGGCACCAUCGUGGAGGGAAAGCAUGCCUUGCAGAGGGGGCAGGUGGAGCUGGGCCACAGCCCCGAGGGGGUGCCCCAGUUCUGCACCAGCUUCGUCUUGCUGGGCCAGCUCCUGGAGGGGCAGCUGGAUCAGGAGGUGCUGCCGACACCCACGGGGGCCGACGUGAGCUGCGUGAAGCUGGUGGUGAACGCCGACCAGGCAGGCGGGCUCAUGGUCAGGCACAUCUACCUCUGGGAGGAGAGCGCCAGGGCCACCGAAGCGGCUCAGGGUUGA